GCGUUGUUUGGGCACAGCUGAUCGUUCGCCUGCCUCUUACACAAAAUAAAGCAGGCCGGCGGGCUAACCCGCCGCACAGUUACUUGCUCAGGAGCAAGGUAGGUUGUCGGGCCACUAGCAAGAAGGACCUGCCUGGACGGUAAUUAAGGAACUCUCAUCUCACUCCGCCAUGGAACUCUGCACUGUCGCGACCAGCUAACGUUAGCAUCGUCCCGAUUGACAGGGACCGAUGGCCAAAGAAAUCCCCGAGGCGGUUAGCUUAAAUUUCAAUGUUGUUGUUUAUUAAAAGCCACACUCGGUCACCAUGUCCUACUGCGGCAACCUGGUAUGGGAUGUAAACAAACGCCUCAUCGGAUACAGCGAGCCAAACACCAUUCGGACGAACUAUUUGGGUAGAAGAGAGUUUGUUCAGAGACUGAAGCUAGAAGCAACGCUCAAUAUCCACGAUGGCUGUGUCAACACGAUAUCGUGGAACGAGACGGGAGAAUACAUCCUGUCCGGUUCAGAUGAUACCUUCCUGGCCAUUACCAACCCGUACAAGAAAAAGGUGAAAAAGUCAAUACGGUCCGGCCACCGGGCCAAUAUCUUCAGCGCAAAGUUCAUGCCCCACACCAACGACCAGGAGAUCAUCUCCUGCUCUGGGGAUGGAAUCCUCUACUACACCCGCACAGAAAAGAGUGCCGAGUUCAACAGACAGUGUCAGUUUACUUGCCAUUACGGCACCGCCUAUGAGAUUAUGACAGUACCAAACGACCCCUACACCUUCUUGUCGUGCGGGGAGGAUGGCACGGUGCGGUGGUUUGAUCUCCGCACGAAAACCAGCUGCACGAAAGAGGAUUGCAAAGAUGACAUCCUGAUCAAUUGCCGAAGAGCGGCUACGUCUAUAUCGAUCUCGCCGCUGAUGCCCUACUACCUGGCGGUGGGCUGUUCAGACAGUUCUGUGCGCAUCUAUGACAGACGUAUGCUGGGCACCAGGGCCACAGGUAACUACAUGGGCCGGGGGACAACGGGCAUGUGCGUGAGGUUCGUGCCGGCUCAUCUGUCCAACAAAUCGUGUCGGGUGACGUCGCUAUGCUACAGCGAGGACGGCCAAGAGGUGCUGGUCAGCUAUUCGUCCGACUACAUCUACCUGUUUGACCCCAAAGACGAUCAGGCCCGAGAGUUGAAGGGCCCCUCGGAGGAGAGGAGGGAGGAGCUUAGGCAGCCGCCAGUUAAGCGCCUUCGUUUGCGAGGUGACUGGUCAGAUACUGGACCCCGAGCUCGUCCUGAGAGUGAGAGGGAGAGAGAUGGGGAACAGAGCCCCAACGUGUCCUUAAUGCAGAGGAUGUCGGAUAUGUUGUCACGCUGGUUCGAGGAAGCCAGUGAAGCUCAGAGCAGUAGAGGAACUCGCCCUCAGUCGCGACCCCGAGGAACGACCGUUCGUCCCAAUAUUCCCGUCGCCACUGUAAGUGCCGCCAGCCAGGAGAUCAGCUCCCUCGAGAGACCAGCAGCAGCUGACGCCCUGGCCUUGCAAAGCAGUCCUGCUGCGGCGGCGGCGGCCUCGCCUGCCUCCUCUUCUGCGCCUGCGUUAUCCUCAGCUGCUACUGCAACACCGUCUUCCAGCACAUCAUCAGUCGAGAGAUCAGCAUCGUCAUUGCGGAGACAGACCCCCACUCCAGGAACGGCCGCGUCAGAAACUGCCCUCUCCGAGUACGGCCCUCAUCGGCUGCCCAUAAGUUUAGUGUGUAGACGUUUGCAGAGGUUACUUCGCCUGGCCGACCCCCCAGGACAGGGGCGGCGAGCGGCCCCUUCUUCUGCCUCCUCCUCCUCCUCCUCUUCCUCUGCCCCUCCGGAAAGACUGGAAGCCACUGCUGUUCCUGAGACUCAACCCCACACAGAUUCCCCUUCAUCGGUUGUAAACAAGCAGCUGGGAUCCAUGACUCUGGAUGAACAGCACGGAGGCGUAUCUUUUUCGCAGUCUGACGAUGCUUCACUGCCAGCCGUCUGCAACCCUCCCUCCACCUCAAACGCCAGCCGGUCCACUGCGGCGGAACCGGUGCUCAGCCUGCACUACAGCUCAGAGGGAACCACCGCCAGCACCAUCAAACUGGACUUCACUGAUGAAUGGAGCAGUAGCACAUCCAGCUCUCCAGGCAGCGGCGGUCCAAAGGCAUUUGAGACAGUGCAGAGCCGGCAGAGUGUAUCCACAGAGAAUCCUGUGCUGGAGCCACCGCAGCAGAGUGAGGCCUCGGCCACAACAGAGCCUUCAAGCGACCCCUCCUGCUCUAGUACUCACAACAAGUUGACCGCCAAUGGCCCACCGGAAGGCUCGUCAAAGGAUAGUAGUCCGGCAGACGCCCCGGAGGAAACUUCUGGGGACUGCCGGAGACAGGAACCCACGGGGGGUGAGGGGUCGGAUGUGGUUCCGACGGUGACUGAGGGCCAGGGCCAGCCCGCAAGGGGGCACCAGGACUCUGACGACAGUGACGACGACCCCAUCCUCAUCCCGUCAACCAGGUAUCGAGGACAAGGCCAGAGAGCAAAUUCCAGAGGAUCUGCAGUAGGAGAUAGAAUGAUCAGACGUUCAGCUGCAGCUCGCAUCCAGGAGCUGUUUCGCAGGAGGAAAGAGCGAAGGGAGAUGGAGGAGAGCGAGACGCAAAACAUCAGGAGGCCCUCAGUCAAAAUGGUGUACAAAGGCCACCGCAACUCUCGCACUAUGAUAAAGGAGUCCUGCUUCUGGGGGAACAACUUUGUGAUGAGCGGCUCCGACUGCGGCCACAUCUUCAUCUGGGAUCGGCACACCGCUGAGCACCUCAUGCUGCUGGAGGCCGACAACCACGUGGUCAACUGCCUGCAGCCGCACCCCUACGACCCAAUUCUGGCCUCGUCCGGCAUUGACUAUGACAUCAAGAUCUGGUCUCCGUUGGAGCAAUCUCCGUCUUUCAACAGGGUUCUUGCUGAUGAGGUGAUAACGCGAAACGAGCUGAUGCUGGAGGAGACGAGGAACACAAUCACAGUGCCUGCCUCCUUCAUGCUGCGAAUGCUGGCAUCCCUCAAUCACAUCCGAUCAGAUCGUCUCGAAGGCGACCGCUCUGAAGGGUCAGGCCAGGAAAACGAGGAUGAGCAUUAGGCGGGUGACUUUUUUUUUUUUUUGCUUGAGAGCACUUCUUUGUACAAGUGUAGAGUACUACCUUUUAAAGCCCAACUUCCCACCAAUUGUUUUUUUUAAGUGACUUUCUUACUCAUGUUUAUGUAAAAGGGUGAACUAUGUGUGCUUGAAUGAAAAGAGUUCUUUAUGCAGCUGUGAGUGACAGGUGGUGUUCAAGAUUAAGUGCAAUAUUAUUAAUAUUCUGUCGGGAGUGAGUUUGCUUCAUUGGUUUUCAGUGUUACGUUGCAUUUGAAGCGAUGUAAACAAAGGUGCUUGCUUUGCUUUUGUUAGAGAGAGGAGAACAAACAUGGCUCGUCUCUAUAAAAAUAUUUUACGAACUUUGGAAGAAAAGAAUAAAGCUACAAGGCAUCUGAAAGAUGCCUGCGUGUCAAACGUGCGGUUACACCA